AUGACAAAAUUACCAUUUCAGGUUAAAGAUAUUUUACUAUCAGAAUUAGGUAGAAAAGAAAUUUCAAUUGCAGAAAAUGAAAUGAAAGGAUUAAUGGGAUUACGUAAAAAAUUUGGACCAUCAAAAAUUUUAAAAGGAGCACGUAUUGCAGGUUGUUUACAUAUGACAAUUCAAACUGCAGUUUUAAUUGAAACGUUGGUUGAAUUGGGAGCACAAGUUCAAUGGUCAUCAAGUAAUUGUUUAUCAACACAGCGGCAGUUGCAUCCAAAGGUAUCGCGGUUUAUGCAUGGAAAGGUGAAACUUUAG